AUGGCAACUGAUUGGACAACCAAAGAAAAAAUUAUUUUAAUAUCUGAUAUACUUGAACAUGGUGAUCAGCCAGAAAGUUGGUCAGUGAUUUCAACUGAUCUUUCACGAACAUUUCAAACAACUAUUACUUCAUCACAAACAAGAAAAGAAGGACGUUAUUCAAUUAAAAAUUGUAAACAAGAGUAUAAAUAUCUUGUCAAUCGUUACAAAACUCAAUGGACUGAACUCGGAUCAUCAAAUGGUUUAAAAUUACCUUUAGCAAAAUAUAUUUGGAUACAACUUAAGUCAAUUUAUCAAACAGAAUUAACACAUCAACUGAAUGAAAGUAGAAAAAAACUAACAGAAUUUUGUCUCCGACUUGAAUCAGCAGUAAAUAUUAAAUCCAAUAUGAUUGAACCAACACCUUCAUUAUCAGCUAUGGUCACAGCAACUCCUCUUCUUAUUCUUCAAGAAAAUGAACCAAAAGAAGAAAAAAUUGAAACAAUCGAGAAUAUUUCUCAGCCGAUCAAAGAAGAACCAUAUGUACCAUCGAAUGAACCUCAACAAUCAAUUUUAUCUAAUGAAACUACUUUAACACUAUUCGAUAGUUCAAAAGAAACAAUAACGACGUCUACUCUACCAAUUCUUGACGAACCACAAGUCACGGAAGUUCCUCAUGAAAUACCUGCCAAUGAGAUUAAAUAUCAACCUUCAUUGACAAGUUCACCGAAUUCAAAACAAAAUCUAGCAAUUAUUGACGAAGAUAUUUCACAAUCAAUACCGAUCGAUUCUCCUUCCAUGAAUACUUUAUCCGAUUUACAGUCAUCUAUAACUCAAACUAGUAUGUCUAUUCCUCCUUCAAUACCUUUAACAAAUACUGCAGUCAGACCAGAAUCAGUUUCAUCAUCAAGAUCAACAUCAAGAACAAGUUCCGAAACAAAAACAGAUGUUGUUAAAAUAAUUCCAACAACUACCCCAAAAUAUCAUGUUUAUUUCUCUCCAAAAAAUUCUAUUAGUAACAAUCUUGGAGCAAAUAAAAUGAAAUCAAAACGAAAAACAAUAGAUGAAAUUAAAGAUGAAAAUGAAACUGAAUUAAUAAAUCAACCAGAUUUAUUGUCGUCAUCAACAGAACAAUCAAAAGUACUAUCAUCAACUGCACCGAUGACUCGUCGUUCGAUAAACACUCGCUCAGUACCAAAUACUGCUACUGAGCAAGAAGAAGAAAAACUAAGAAGAUUCUCAGCAAUGCUUUCUGAAAACCCAAAUAGUUGGCAAUCACAAUCAAUGGCUAUUAUUCAAUUUAUUCUCGCACACAAACAAGGAUAUUUAUUUGAACAUGAAAUAACUGAAGAAAUUGCACCAAAAUAUCAUCAAUAUGUUAAACGUCCAAUAGCUCUUGAUACAAUUCGAAAAAUACUUGAAUCUAACGAGUAUCAAACAAAGGAAAAUUUCAAACGUGAUAUAUAUUUGAUGUUAUACAAUGCAAUGAAAUAUAAUCCACGUUACCAUCAUGUUCAUCGAUCAGCAAAACAUCUUUUCAACAUAACACUUCCAUUUUUUAAUUUAUCAGCACAAGAAAUUCAAGAACAAAUAGCAGCAAAAAGUAAUAUACCAUUACCGACUACUACUAAUGAUAUUCCAUUGGCGAAAAGAAAACGAACUAAAUGA